AUGCCACACUACAGAUCCCUUACGAAGGACCUUGAGAAGAAGGUCUUGGUUCUAGUCCGCCGGUAUGUCGACGAAGUAGCGCUCGCAGAAGAACAGAAUGGGACGAGCUCGGGGCAAUUGCGAUUAUCAGUAACGAAGCUGUAUCAGUAUAUUGUCGCAGAUGGAAGUUUGCCGAGGCAAAAGAAGCUCAAUGUAGAAAAGAUGAUCGAGAAGGCGAUCGAUGUUCUCAGAGAGGAGGGCGAAGAAGACGACGGCGACGAGAUCGAUUCAGAUUUCGAGGGAUUGAAUGAGAUGGGGCUUAUGGAACCCACAAAUACAAAUGCGGUCAAUAAGAAAAUUGUGGAUAUGUGGGGCACGAAAGCGACUGCGACCCCCGCCGUAGAGUCGACAGCAUCCCCAACCUCUACAACCCCCGCCGCAACCCAGCGCGCCUCUUCUGUAGCCCCAGAAACAGCUACCCCACCUGUUCGAAAACGCAAGGAACGCUCCGUAAAGGAUGGCGAAACCACAAAGAGAGUAAAGGCGUCAAGCACCUCCACAGAAGACCGCACUCCCCCAAAGAACAUAACACUCAAGGAUCUCGGUGGUGUCGACGACAUAAUAAACGAUCUUCUCGAGCUUAUUGCAAUGCCACUGACCCAUCCUGAGGUCUAUGCGCACACCGGUGUGUCGCCCCCUAGAGGUGUCCUUCUCCACGGCCCCCCAGGGUGUGGAAAGACAAUGCUGGCGAAUGCGAUGGCUGGAGAGUUAGGUCUACCGUUCCUGGCAGUUUCGGCGCCAUCGAUAGUAUCCGGAAUGUCAGGGGAAUCUGAAAAGAAGCUCCGAGAGCUAUUUGAGGAGGCACGGGAGAAGGCACCUUGUUUGGUAUUCAUGGAUGAGAUUGAUGCUAUUACGCCAAAACGAGAGAGUGCACAGCGGGAGAUGGAACGAAGAAUCGUUGCGCAGCUUUUGACAUGUAUGGACGAUCUUACGCUUGAAAAGACUGGUGGAAAGGUUGUCAUGGUUAUCGGUGCCACAAAUAGACCCGACAGCUUGGAUCCUGCAUUGAGAAGAGCAGGAAGAUUUGAUAGGGAAAUUUGUCUCAAUGUACCCGAUGAAAUUGGGCGAGAAAAAAUUCUCCGGGUAUUGUCCCAAAAACUUCGCCUCAGUGGUGAUUUCGAUUUUUCGGCCCUUGCAAAGAUGACCCCUGGUUUCGUAGGCGCGGAUCUUAACUCUCUUACUGCAGAAGCUGGCACGUCUGCUAUGAAGCGGAUAUUUGAAAAUCUCAAAACACCUAUCACCAACCCCGGCAUCGAAGCCCUUAAAAUUACGCCCAAUAAUACUACUGCCGACGGAAUGGACAUUGAUGUUGAACCUCAUGUUCCCGCACCUCUCACUGAGACACUGCCUCACGAGGAAAACGCGCCCGUGACUAGCAUCAUCCAAAGCUUUCUAAAAGCCUACCCCUCAACAUUAACACCCUCUCAACUCGAACCUCUCACAAUAACUCUACCCGACUUCCUUACCGCCCUCCCCAAGAUCCAACCUUCUUCCAAGCGCGAAGGCUUUGCCACCGUUCCCGAUGUCACCUGGGCCGAUAUCGGCGCUCUCGGCCCCAUCCGUGUCGAAAUGCAAAUGGCGAUCGUUCAACCAAUUAAAAGACCCGAGCUAUACGCUUCAGUGGGCAUCACCGCGCCUACCGGCGUACUUCUCUGGGGUCCUCCUGGGUGCGGUAAAACCCUCCUUGCGAAGGCCGUCGCCAAUGAGUCUCGCGCAAAUUUCAUAUCUGUCCGUGGGCCAGAGUUACUGAACAAGUAUGUCGGAGAAUCUGAGCGUGCAGUGCGACAGGUAUUUUCCAGGGCAAGGGCAAGUGUGCCUUGCGUCAUUUUUUUUGAUGAGCUGGACGCUCUAGUCCCGAGACGAGACGACUCUCUGUCAGAAAGUAGUGCAAGGGUGGUGAACACCUUGUUGACGGAGCUGGACGGAUUGAACGAUAGGAAGGGUAUCUAUGUUAUUGGAGCCACUAAUCGUCCUGACGUUAUUGACCCAGCUAUGCUGCGUCCUGGACGUCUCGAUAAGCCACUUUUUGUUGACCUUCCUACCCCCGGUGAGAGAGUUGACAUUCUCAAGACAAUAACAAAGAAGUGUCCACUUGAAGGCGUAGACCUCAAGGCGCUGGGUGAAGAUGCCCGCUGCGAGAACUUCUCAGGAGCUGAUCUAGCGGCUCUGGUUAGAGAAGCGAGUGUGAGUGCGCUACGCAAGAGCUGCUUGAAGGAUAUUGGCUCGGGUAGCGAGGUGGUUAGUGUUCCUGUUGGACAGGUCCGGGUCACAUGGGAGGAUUUCGAGACUGCGUGGUGUGGUGUUAGGCCCAGUGUCACGGAGAGGCAGAGGGGGGAAUAUGGGAAAUUGGCGACGAAGUUUGGGUGGGGCAAGGAGAAGAAGAAGGGGUUGGAGGUGAAGAAGAAGACGGGCGAAGAAAAAGAGUUGUAG